CUCCCCUUGCGUCCCCCUUCGCUUCGCUUCCCCUUCCUCGAGAGGACGACGGGCUGGUGGUGCCCCCGCCUCGCCGCGCCUCGAUCUUCCGAUCUGGUCGCCCGCGCGCGCCCCGAUUCGCCGCGGAAGGCUGCGCCCGACUUAGAUUUGAGCCCGGGGCUCGUCUUGUGCGGAUCAGCAUCACCGAUUGGGUCUCCGAUUCGUGGCCAUGGCCACCCCCGACGACGGCCCGGCGGCGGUGGGGGGAGGCGUCGGCGCGGGCCGCAAGUUCUGGCGCUCCGCGUCGUGGUCCGCGUCCAGGGCGGCCGCAGAGCCGCCGCCGGAUGCGGCCGCGGCGCCGGGGGCCGGCAGGCAUGCCCGCCGCGUCCCGCCGCCGCCGCCGCUGACCCCGCGGUCGAUGAGCGCCAAGGCCCGGUCCUGCCUCCCACCGCUGCAGCCGCUCGCCAUCACCCGCCGCAGCCUGGACGAGUGGCCCAAGGCUGGCUCUGACGACGUCGGGGAGUGGCCCAACCCCACCACGCCCGGCGCGUCCAAGGUGGACGGGGGCCCCUCCUCGGCCAAGCCCGGGGAGGGCCUCCGGCUGGACCUUUCCUCUCUCAGAUCGCAGGGCCGCAAGGACCAGAUCGCUUUCUUCGACAAGGAGUGCUCUAAGGUCGCCGAGCAUGUCUACCUCGGAGGCGAUGCUGUCGCCAAGAACCGCGACAUCCUUCGGAAGAACGGGAUCACCCACGUACUCAACUGCGUGGGAUUCGUCUGCCCGGAGUACUUCAAGUCGGACCUCGUCUACCGCACGCUUUGGCUGCAGGACAGUCCCACGGAGGACAUCACAAGCAUCUUGUAUGACGUGUUUGAUUACUUUGAGGAUGUGAGGGAGCAGGGAGGGCGCGUGUUCGUGCAUUGCUGCCAGGGUGUGUCACGGUCGACAUCGCUGGUGAUAGCCUACUUGAUGUGGAGGGAAGGGCAGAGCUUCGAUGAUGCCUUCCAGUUUGUGAAGGCUGCCCGUGGGAUUGCAAAUCCAAACAUGGGGUUCGCCUGCCAGCUCCUCCAGUGCCAGAAGCGGGUGCAUGCGAUUCCGUUGUCCCCAAAUUCAGUGCUCAGGAUGUACCGUAUGGCACCUCACUCGCAGUAUGCCCCUCUGCAUUUAGUGCCCAAAAUGCUCAAUGAACCAUCCCCUGCCACCCUGGACUCUAGAGGUGCGUUCAUUGUACAUGUUCUGUCCUCGAUCUAUGUCUGGGUUGGAAUGAAGUGUGAUCCGGUAAUGGAGAAGGAUGCAAGAGCUGCAGCCUUUCAGGUAGUGAGGUAUGAGAAGGUGCAGGGGCACAUCAAGGUUGUGAGAGAAGGUCUGGAGCCGCAGGAGUUUUGGGAUUCCUUUUCGAGUACGCCCCUUAAUUCAGAUAGUAACACAAAGGUUAGCAAGGACCAGAUUGAUUCAGCGUCCAAGAAUAACCCAGGAAGCCGGAAAGUGGAGUCUUAUGAUGCUGAUUUUGAGCUUGUUUACAAAGCCAUCACUGGGGGUGUAGUUCCAGCAUUCUCAACUUCUGGGGCUGGGGAUGAGACCCAUCUUCCAGCUAGAGAAAGUAGCUGGAGUUUAUUGAGGCACAAGUUUAUCUCCAGGUCACUGGCUCGUGUUUAUUCAGAUUCUGCACUAAUCAGGGAUUUUGAUCCACGGGUAGACCGUGUACAGCACUUGGCUGCAGAAGCUUCAACCUCACCCCCUUUCCUUUCUCCAAGUUCUUUGUCAUCAGAUUCAAGCGUUAGCUCUAAGUAUAGUUCAGACUCUCCCUCCUUGUCACCUUCAACUAGCUCACCGCCAUCAUUUGGUCUCUCGCCUGCUUCAUCUAAUCUGCCUCAUGCUUUGGUGCCAUCAUCCAGGUCUCCCCUUUCUCAAUCAUCUAAUGAGGAAGCUUCAAAGUCUGGCCUGGUAUCAAUGCGCUCUCCUUCCAAGACCUCUUCUAUAGCAGAAAGAAGAGGAGGCUUCACACUUCUAAAGCUACCAUCUCUCCAAAAGGAACUAGUAUUGCCACCAAGGGUACCGUCUAGUAUUCGCAGGACUGAGGAAGUCUCAGAUAAGAGUAGUACAAAUGGUGUUAAAAAGCUGACUGGUGAAUGUUGCUCAGAAAAGUGCACUGGUGAUAGUUUGAGCUCACAUUCUGAAACUAGAUUAAGUGAGCGUACUGAUGGUAACUCAGAAGCUUGCAGUAAUCCACAACUAUUAGUCUACCAGUGGCCCAGCAUGGAAAAGCUAACUACAUUUGCACGCAAGGAUCUUGACCCAAAGUCAGUUUUGAUUUUUGUUGCUUCAAACGCCAGCAGAAGAGAAGCAGUUAAGACAGUUUAUGUAUGGGUAGGAGGCGAAAAUGAGAGCAGCAAGAGUGCUGAUACUGUUGAUUGGCAACAGGUUACUGGUGAUUUUCUUCAUCUAAAAGGCCUCAGCGAUGCUCUUCCUGUCAAGGUUUUCAAGGAGCACGAAACUGAGAAUCUUUUGGAAGUACUGAAUGUCAGUUAACAUUAGGCUGUAGCUAUCAGGAUAUUCUAGUCGUUUAACAAACUCAGCCGCAAAUUAUCAUUCAACGAAGGCAUUCCCUCCAGCAUCAGUCAACACCAAUGAUUGUUAGCGAGGUAUAAGCCACAACCAUUACCCUGAAUAUAAUAGGCUACAAACAGAUUCCAUUUUAGUAGAACUGAUGGAUCGGCAACUGUGCCUCAUGAUCUAUCUUUUUCCAAAUGGCAGGAGGCUGCCAAGAAUGUUGUAUCUGUUGUGAAUUAACACUCAUGGACUGGGUGUUGGCGCAAUCUGCCAAUCGGAUGUAUAUUAUCCACUCCCCUGUAAUGUAAGAUCAGAUACCGGGAGAUGCUAUGUCAACAGUUACUUUUUCACCCCAAACAUUCUUGUACACCUUUGAAAGGAACUGAUCUGUAAUCCUCUUGGCUUAUAAGUGGCUCCAUUGGUCAUAACUUUAAAUUAAGGCAAGGUUGUUAGCUGGCAGUCUCGUGUUUCUUGCA